AUGGAAACAGCCGGGCUUGUGGUCGGAGUCGUCGCGCUUCUCGGGCUUUUCAAAGACUGCCUCGAUUACCUUUCCAUUAUCUCCAUUGCCCGCCAGGCGGGGAGGGAUCUUGAUAUCUUAAAGACGAAACUAGACAUUGAGACGACUCUGCUGCUCCAAUGGGCAACCAGGGUCCGCCUCCUCGAGCGAGAUCAUGACCCACGACUAGAUGAUGGUCUAAUUCAGCAGGCAGUUUUCAAAAUUCUCCAGCAACUACAAAUUCUUCUAGCAGAUGCAACAAAAGUCGGGAACCGUUAUGGCCUUGAGAAUACUUCGGAAGGAUAUGAAGUGUUACCGAACUCUGCGGCCAUUAGCGGGCGCCGCAAGCUCAAUUUUGACAAGUCCAUCGCCAUUGUGAGCGCCCGGGUCAAGAAGCUGAAACUCUCGCCAUUAAAUCGUGCGCUCUGGGUCGCUAAAGACAAAGCCAAACUUGAAGAACUGGUUGCCGACGUCUCUUACUUUGUGGACCGACUUGACAAGCUUGUUCCCGACAUAUCCGACGGGAUGCGUGUUACACAUCUCUUGAUGCGGGAGGACAUCCAGAGCGGGCUUCCUACCAGAGAACUCGUGCUAGUAUGCGAUGCCUCUGAGGAUGGGACUAUCGCUGCCCAAGCAGCCAUAGAAGGGCUUGAGACACAGUUUCACGAAAACAUGUUGAAACUGCUCGCGUACCCAGAGAUGCAGUCGCGCGAGUACAGCAUCUCCCCCGCGCAUAAGGCAACAUUCCAGUGGGCUUUGCGAACCCCCCGAGGCAAUCAGCACUGGGAUGACUUGUCUAGAUGGCUAAAACGCGAGACAGGAGUCUACUGGAUACGGGGAAAAGCUGGGAGCGGCAAGUCUACUCUCAUGAAAUACCUAUGGUACGAGCGCCGCACGAAAAUGCUCAUCUCGGAAUGGGCCGGUGACAACCCACUCCUGCUGGCGAGUUUUUACUUUUGGAGGAUCGGCACAAACCGCCAACAUUCCAUUGAAGGCCUCCUCAGAUCCAUAAUCUGCCAGAUAUUACGCUUCUGUCCUCGCUCAGCGCGGAUGCUCUUUCCUACGCUCUGGGAUACAGUGCGUAGUCGACCAGAAGAGAUGACGCUGGAAAUGCCUCGGGUGCAAGAGCUCAAGGACGUUCCUCUGAAGAUGAGACAAGUCGACGCGUUGAAGGAUGUCAAAGUGUGCUUCUUCAUCGAUGGACUUGAUGAGUUUUCCGGAGAUUAUAGAGAAGGUCUUGAUUUCCUGCUAACGCUUAGUGCCCGGCCAAACACCAAAGUCAUUGUCUCUAGCCGCCCCGAGCCAGUUCUCGUAGACAUACUAGGACAUAGGCCCAACCUCCGCCUUGAGGCUCUGACAAAUGAGGAUAUCAGCACGUACGUGCAUGCCACGUUGACUCCUCACCCUUAUAUCGGGCUACUCAUCGACGUGGACGCUACUUCGGAAAGCGCAGCUAACGAACUGAUCGAGGACAUUGUAAAUAAGGCGUCCGGCGUAUUUCUCUGGGUCGUUCUCGCUUGUCGGUCUCUUCUCGACGGCUUUGCGGCAUAUGAUACGAUGUCUGAGUUGCGGAAACGAGUUGACGAGUUACCUCCGGAUUUGGAAGAGCUCUUUAAGUAUAUGCUAAACAAGGUUGAUAAACGGUACAAGACCCAGGGGGCCAGAAUACUCCGAAUCUGCUACCACCAUCAGUCUCUAGGCAUGGGAAUUACUAUACCCGCUGUUGGACUCGCAUAUCUCGAGGAACAAGAGAUGGGUUCGGCUCGGAAGUCGUCCAUGGGGCCAAUUUCGGAUCGCCAGGCCGGACAAAGGUGCGUCAUCUUAGAAGGGCGGCUAAGGAGUCGGUGCGGAGGUCUUCUGGAAAUCCGCUCGAGGACGUCCCCGUGCCGAUGCUCCCGUUGGUCCUCGCCAGACGCGAUCCUCUCGGGCUCAACGGUGGAGUUCAUGCACCGCACGGUUUUCGAUUUCCUGAGAUGCGACGGCGUGUGGUCUAUGGAAGUUCUUAGUCUGGGCGACCGGCCGUUUAAUCCAGAUGCUGCUCUAGCAACGUUGUUGCUCCACGCCGCCCGCAACAUAGCAUCGAAAAGAAGCUUGGCCUGUAUAUGGGAGGCCGACGAGUCACACCAGCACUAUAUUGCGGUCGCUAUCUCUUACAUCACGGCAUCAGUCCGUACGUGUGAGGACACCGCAAUCGCUCUUCUGCUGAAGUUAGAGCAACUUCUCCGCGACAAUUCGAUCACGGGAACGUGCAGAAAUACUAGAAAAGGCACUACACAGCAGAUGGGGGCGAAGGAAUUCGUUUUCUGCCUUGCCGUCGAAAUGGGGCUCUGCCCUCUCGUCCAGCGAUACAUUGAAGAGCUGAAGUACUCGGAUUAUAAGCUCACACCAUGUUAUCCUCUCCUUGUCCAUGCGUCCGGGCGCUACUUCGUCAAGAACAUAUAUCCGCAGGCGUCCGCCUUCCUCAUCCAUCCUCGGAACACUGGUUGCUCCCUCCGAAUGCUUAAAUUACUCUUACCACUAGGGUGCAACCCCGAAGAGAAAUUCGUAUUCCACGGCGUGAAAGUCUGGUUCGGGGAACUUCUCUCGUUUGAAGUACCUGGAGAUCACAAAGCAACCAGAUCGCCAAUGCAGAUAACGUGCGCAGCAAUUCUCACGAAGCGUCAGGAGAUCCAGGAACUACGCCGCCUUGCGCUGUACGUUACGGUUGGGAACGCCAAAGUUGAGGAUAACGUCGCAGCAACAGUUGAGGGCUUUAAGAAAGAGCCUAGCUGGUGGGAGCAGAUCUGGGCCUUCCCCCUCUUUCUAGACACCUACGUCCCGUUCCGAAAUUCUGAACCGAGCCAAUAA